AAUGGCUGAGCGCGUGUGAGCCACGUGACCCGCAGCGCAGCAGAUUUGAAUUGUUGGCUGGUUGUGUUGUGCUGUCCCUGUUUGAAUGCGGAGAGGAAAAUAAGGAUUGUGAGUUUUCAGAGGAUUUUAAGAUCUGAUCCGGAUCAGUCUGAGUCCCACAGUAAAUAACGAACAGCAGGAUGGACUGUCGAGCCAACAGAGAUAUGUUCUUUCUGCCUGAUGAGAAGUUUGACUUCGAUGUGUCUCUGUCACCAGCCAGCUCUAAAGGUGAUGAAGACGAAGAUGAAGUGUUUCUGGGUCCCCUCGGCCAUAAGGAGAAGUGCAUCUCCGUUAACGUGGCGUCCCGACUCGAGGGUGGCGGUGGAGCGCGGGGGAGCUGGAGUCCGCUGACCGGAGACCAGCUGGAGGCCGUGUGUCAGGAAGCCCACAAACUGGCAGACCAGCUGCAGAGCCGGCCGCACAGCGAGGAAGAAGAGCCCACUGAGGCCUCGCACGGCACGGAGGAGUUCCUCCAGGACGCCGAGGCCAAACUGGGCGUGUUCGUUCAGAGCAGCAGGGCGCUCAGCCCCAUCAAACGGCAGACCUUCUUAGUCCAGGACAGUCCUCUGAAGGAGCUGCCGCCUGCUGUGCAGCGCCGCCUGCUGAGAGGAAGCAGUGUCAACGCAGCUUCAUCCAUGCGCCCCGCCACCACAGCUUCAUCAAACCACACCGCCACCGCCAAAACAUCAUCAUCCACCCGCGUCACUGCCAGCACCAGACUCAGCACCAGACUCAGCACCCGGCUCAGCACCAGACUCAGCACCUCCAGCCCCGUGGCUGCUGUGAAGGCUCAGCCCAAGACGGGGCUGCGAGGGAAGGCGGCUCUGGGUGUCGUGCUGCCGAGCAGACCGGCUGGUCCAACCGCGUCCGCUAACAAGACCAGACUGCAGCCGCCCGGUAAAGUCGGAGAUAAGAAGCCGGUGGUCGGGAGCUGGAGGCAGAGUCCGUCUUCUCGUCCCUCCAGCAGGGCGGAGUCGUGCGAGGAUCUGCUCUCUGAUUCAGCCAGCGUGGCGUCCGACAUCAGCGACUCCUCCAUGAACUCCAGCCUGCUGGGGAAACGCUCGAUGGCUCCGCCCAGCAGCAAAAGUUUUGUGAGGAACCUGUCGGCGGUGAAAGUUCCUCCUCUCCAGAAGAGACGAGUGACAGACCAGAAGAACACGUCCUCGUCCUCUUCCUCUGUGUCCAGCUUCAACUCCAGCCUGUCUCUGUCUCCUGCUAAAGGUAAACUGAACUCCUCCUUGAACCGAAGCCUCAGCACCUCCACUGGCCCCGCCCCCAGCAGUGUCGGCAAACCAGCCAAUCACAGACCGACCCGCUCCAGCGUGUACGGCACCGCGGUACCAGCGCCAACCAACGCUGCCCGCCGCUCGCUGUCCGUCCAGGCGAGGAGGCCGUCGGAGGUGGACCGCAGCAUAACGGCAAAGUGUACGCCGCUGAAGAGAGCUGAGGCCACGCCCAUUCAGAUGACGCCCACCAGGAGGGUUCUGGAGAAGUCCAUCCCCACUAAUGCCUCUGCGUGGCUGCAGGGCGGGCUGAAAACCAAAUCCAAACCGGAGGCUCUGGUCCUGCCGACACCCAGCGGAGGUUUCAGAGGAGUCCCCCAAAAAGACGACGUCUCCAAGAUGUUGAAACCAAAGAGGCUGACGUCAACCAGCAGCGUGGACAGUCUUCCUCAGAAGCUGUCUGCAGGUCCUCUGACGCCCUCUACAGGCAGUGGCAGGUCGCUGCAGAUGAAACCCAGACGUCCCUCCGCGCUCCCCACCCCAGUGAAGCGCAGGAUGUCCGUCGUCCCGCCCGCCACGCCGAUUAAUCAGAUCCGGCCCUGCAGACCUUCGACCGCCUCUAACUCUGGCGUGGCGUUCUGCUCCAGUGUGGCGAGGAGGGAGAGAAGCUGCAGUCCUAACCCAGCUGACUCUCAGUUGGAGGUGGAGCUUGAUGUCGCCCCUCAAGUCCAGCCCUUCUCUCUGGAGGAGGAGGCGGAGUCUAAUGUUCCCCUGCCUCCCAGCCCUCUGCAGUCUGACCAAUCAGAGAGCACCGAGCCAGCACCAGAGCCAGCACCAGAGCUUGCACUAGAGCCUGCACCAGAGCCUGCACUAGAGCCAGCACCAGAGCCAGCUCAGAGCGAACCCCAGCCCAGCAGAGACCUACUGGAGCCGGAGCCUACAGAGGAGAGCAGCGUUAAGACACAAGAGGUGCUUCUGUUGGAUCUUCCUGCUCCGAUUCUGCACCCUCAAGAGAAGCUGCUCAUCGACCUGACCAACACCCCGGACCUGAUACGGACCAGCAGCAAGCCCAGCACCACCUCCCAGCAGCUGAUCGACCUGAGCUCCCCGCUCAUCAGGUGGAGUCCAGAAGACAAGAGGGAGAACAACGCCCCGCUCAUCAACCUGUCCUUCUGAUCCUGAUCCACCUGGGGAAUUGGGUCUGGUUUCCCCUGAUCCGGAUCAUCUCGAGGAGCUGGGUCUGGUUUCCUCUGAUCCGGAUCAUCUCGAGGAGCUGGGUCUGGUUUCCUCUGAUCCGGAUCAUCUCAAGGAGCUGGGUCUGGUUUCCUCUGAUCCGGAUCAUCUCGAGGAGCUGGGUCUGGUUUCCUUUGAUCCGGAUCAUCUCGAGGAGCUGGGUCUGGCUUCCUCUGAUCCGGAUCAUCUCAAGGAGCUGGGUCUGGUUUCCUCUGAUCCGGAUCACCUCAAGGAACUGGGUCUGGCUUCCUCUGCUACAAACUGGACUCUGCAGGUUUCUGUCUUCAUGAGCUGUGACACUUAUCGAGUUAACUCCAGAGUUUGAGUCGGUGAAGCCGUGAUGGAGGCGGAGCUUUAAGUGUUUUAAAUAAUGAAAAUAUUGAACGGUUCCUGGAACCUUUCUGCACCUGAUUGUACUUUUAUUUGUGUCCGUGUUGCUGCUCUUAUUGAUGUCUGAAUAAAUGUUGUUUAUGUCA